AACCAAUAAAAGUCAGUGUGUAAGAGAGACAUUGUAAAAUACAAUAAAGGAAAAUUAAAGGAAAGAAAAAACAAAUACAAAAGUUUAUAUUCUUGAAAACUAGAGUCUUUUAUAAAAGAAGUUAACCAAUAACAAACAACACAAGCAAGAAGAAGACAAAACAUCAAAAACAAGACCAUGAGUAACAUAAAAUUUCCCAAACAUGUUUUAUACUUUGUCUUCUUGUUAAUCUUCCUUCUUAGCAAAUCCUCUGAUGCAUACGGAGGCAUAGCCAUCUACUGGGGCCAAAACGGCAACGAAGGUAAUCUCUCGUCCACAUGUGCCACCGGCAGGUAUGCUUACGUCAACGUCGCCUUUCUUGUGAAAUUCGGAAACGGCCAAACGCCUGAGCUCAACCUUGCCGGCCACUGCAACCCUGCUGCCAACACUUGCACCCAUUUUGGCUCUCAGGUCAAAGAUUGUCAGUCUCGUGGCAUCAAGGUUAUGUUGUCUCUGGGUGGCGGAAUCGGAAACUAUUCGAUUGGGUCGAGGGAGGACGCGAAAGUGGUUGCAAAUUACCUGUGGAACAACUUUUUGGGAGGAAAGUCAUCGUCACGUCCCUUGGGUGAUGCUGUUCUUGAUGGUAUCGAUUUCAAUAUCGAGCUUGGCUCCCCUCAAUACUAUGAUGAUCUCGCUCGGUUUCUUUCUAAAUAUGGCGUCAGUGGAAGAAAAGUGUAUCUAACAGGAGCUCCUCAGUGUCCAUUUCCGGACAGAUUAAUGGGAAGUGCUCUUGAUACCGAACUUUUCGACUACGUUUGGGUCCAAUUCUACAACAAUGCACCGUGUCAAUACACUUCUGGUAACACCAAAAGCCUAUUCGAUUCGUGGAACACGUGGACCACUUCGGUCACUGCUCAAAAAAUAUUUCUAGGUCUCCCGGCGGCUCCUCAAGCGGCCGGAAGUGGGUAUAUUCCACCGGAUAUAUUAAUUUCUCAGAUUCUUCCAACACUAAAGGAGUCUAAGAAGUAUGGAGGUAUAAUGCUUUGGUCUAAAUUUUGGGAUGAUCAAAAUGGAUAUAGUUCAUCCAUAUUGGCUAGUGUGUGAAAUGAAUCUAAAUGGCCUUUGUAUUUCUGCAUUUUUCAGUUCCUAGUGUUUGGUUUAUGAAAGAAUUGUUGUGUGUGCGGUGCAUGUUGGUAUACUGAUUUGCGGUAUUUGUAUCAACAUUAAUUACAUGACUAUUAACUCAUCAA